UAUCGUAUCAAAGUUGGUAUCAUCAAUACUUUAUCGAUGAGCGUGUGUUUUUAUUCUUAGUUUAAAUACUCCAAAUAUUAUUUAGUGUGGUUAAAAAUGUUUGCGCGGAGGUCGUUAAAGUUGAAAAACGUCUUCGAUAUAAGAAGAAAUUUUAGUAGCGAAGCACAGCCAUUGACAUCAGUGAAUUUGUUUCGUUUUUCGGAAAAAAGAGAAAAACUACCACAAAGACCAGCUUUUCUAAAGCAUAUUUUAAUAACAGACUUUGAUUCACAAUCUGUUACUCUCCCUGAUGUUCAACCUAUCGACAGAUAUAAUGAAUUUGAAACUUGGUUAACGCAGAUCAACAGUUGUAUUCAGAAUUUCCAACAAAAUCCGACACUCGGAAGAAAAGAAUUAUUAUCAGACCUUCGUGAUCUCGAUGUAUUUAAAGCAUAUAUUGAUGAAAAAUAUGAAGGUUUAGAUCUGUUAGAAACGGAGUCGUUGAAGCUUACAGAAACGCUUAGUACAUUACCUUGGUUAGGUACAUACGUAGUACAAAAUCUCAUGUUACCUGUUCAAAUAAUUUCAAAGUAUGGGUCUGACAGUCAGAAAGAGAAAUACUUUCCAAGGAUUAUAAGUGGUGAAAUUGUUCCUACGAUAUGCCUCAAAGAACAGAACAAUGGUACCAAUAUUAAUCAUAAUAAGAUGUAUGCAGUGCCAAAUGAUCAAGAAUCAUGGUCUUUAAAUGGACAAAAAUCAUUUGUUUACAAUGGAAUGAAUGCUAAUCUGUUUUUAGUAUUUGCAAAGACUGACCCAACAUACACCUUAAAUCUUAAUACUGUAUCUCUUUUCUUGGUUGAAGGUAAUUCUAAUGGAAUGACUUGUACACAAACAUGUGAAAUAGUUGGGCGCCAUGAAAUGCCAGUAUUUUCAAUUCAUUUUGAAAAUACCAUCGUACCCAGCACAAACAUUGUUGGCGAGCCAAAUCAGGCAUUCAAUAUUAUGAUGGAUUUAUUAAAACCUGGAAAUCAGAAUAUAGCUGGACAGUCUAUAGCCAUUUUAACAAAGUUUAUGAAACAUUUAAUACCAGACAUUCUGGAAAUGAAGCAUUUUGAUAGGGAUUUCUAUAAAUUUGAUAUUGUGAAAACUGCUUUGGCUGACAUAACUUAUGCAUUAUAUACCAUGGAAAGCAUGGCUUACCUAACAAGCAAGUUAACAGAUUUUUAUGAAAAUCAAGAUGUUGAACUUGAAAGAAUUAUUACAGAAAUGUAUUGUGCAAAUAAGUGUUUAAGUUCCAUUCAGUCUGCAUUACAACUAAUGGGUGCAAAAAUUUAUUUGAAUAAGAGUAUUUAUUUAGAUGCGUAUCAUAGUGCUUUGGCUUUAACAACACUCGAUACAAAUAAUUUAGAUGGACAAAUUUAUGUAGCAACAUCUCUCGUAAAACAUAUAGGUGGUAGUGUGUAUGAUGACAUAUACAAAUUAAGGAAUCAACACAAGCAUCCAUUCUUUAGUAUAAUGAAACGUUGUGUAAAUGUAUUCUAUGAGGCAUCAGUAGAUAUAAAAUGUUUUCAUCCAUCAUUGGAAAUUCCAGUUGGUUAUAUAGCAGGCUCUAUCGUCAAAAUGAGGACGACUAUUUUUGAGACACUGCAACGCCAUGGAACAAAGAUUAAUGAUAAUUACUCAGAACUUCUUCGAAUAAGUAAAAUGAUUCUAGAAAUAUAUUCAAUGGUUGCUAAUGUAUCACGUGUAUCAAGAUCAUACACUGCUGGUCAAAAAAAUUCAAAUAUUGAACUAAAUAUGGUACUGUCUAUGACGCAUCGUUCACAUGAAAGAAUUACUAAGUUUGGUACUGAGAUUGACCAAGAUUGCAUACUAAACGGUGAUGAAUUUAAGAAAAAUGUUGCGCAUUUAAUAUAUAAUGAACGCACGUAUCCAAUGGAACAUCCUACACAUAGGGUAUAUUGAACACUAGUCGUUUUAAGUUACUUUAUUGUAAUUUUUAAAUAAUGACUUGUAAUUAUAAAUUAGCAUUUCUAAAAAUAAUGUAAGGAUAUACAUAAAUUUGUAUUCUUACCUAUAAAUAUGGUAAAGUGAAUAGAAACAGCAAGAGAACUAUGUAAAGAUAUUAUCAUUAAGAUUUCUGUAUUUAUGUAUGAAUAGCAAUGUACAGUUAUUAAAUAAAAUAAUAACUCUUA